AGGCGCAUGCUUGAUCUUCAGAUCUGCUUGCAGUAUACCCUCGUCCCUAUCCUCUUCUACUCCUCACCUUCCUCUGAACCGCAGACCUACUCCUUCCAGUAAUCUCAUCAUGUCCCACUCCCCGAAUCCCUCCUCCAUAACCGCCGAGUCCCUACCUGAACUACUCAAGGACGAUAAUGCUGUUAAGGUCGCAGGCAUUGACGUCGAUGGCGUUCUCCGUGGAAAGCUCAUGGCGAAGAAGAAGUUCCUGAGCAUUGCGCAGGAGGGCUUUGGAUUUUGUAGUGUUAUCUUCGGUUGGGACAUGCAUGACCAGACCUACUUCCGCGAGCUUUCGAUUAGCAACAAGGAGAAUGGUUAUCGCGACUUGAUCGCGGUACCAGACCUGAGCACCUUCCGUCGCAUACCUUGGGAGAACAAUGUGCCCUUCUUUCUGAUCCACUUCCAUGACCCAGACACCAAAUCUAGCUUGAGCGCGUGUCCGCGGAGUCUGUUGAAGCGCGCAGUCGACAAGCUCAAGGAGAAUGGAUAUGGAGCCAUGGCUGGAGCGGAGUACGAGUUCUACCAGUUUCGAGCACCGCAAUCCCACGAUGGAACCGAGCGCAAUUCGUCCUCUACGGCCGCUUUCCUCCGCGAUAACCCCGUGAACGCGUUACCGAGUCUGACGGAAGGAAUGUUUGGUUACAGCAUCACUAGGCCGGUUCACAACCAGGAAUACUACUAUGGCAUCUUCGAUACAUGCGCAAAGUUCAACUGUGGCAUUGAAGGAUGGCAUACGGAGAGUGGUCCAGGAGUGUUCGAAGCGGCCCUCGAGUUCGGCGAAAUCACCGAAAUGGCAGACAAGGCCUCGCUCUUCAAGCUCGUCGUGAAAUCGCUUGGCUCGAAGUUCGGUAUAACUCCAUGCUUCAUGGCGAAGCCACGCGAAGGCCUCCCCGGUAACUCUGGACACAUGCAUGUCUCCAUUGUCGACCCGUCGGGCAAGAAUCUCUUCUAUCGCGAGACCGAGGACAAAGAUCACAAAUGGCAGGACGUUCGAUGGCUGUCCGAUCUCGGGCGACACUUCCUCGCUGGUUUGAUCGACGGUCUUCCUGACAUCAUGCCUAUUCUUGCGCCAAAUGUUAACAGCUACAAGAGACUCGUAGAGAACUUUUGGGCGCCAGUCACCGUAAGCUGGGGCCUUGAACACAGAGCAGCCAGUAUCAGGUUGAUCAGCCCGCCGACGUCAUCAGCAAAGGCCACGAGAUUCGAAGUUCGAGUCCCUGGCGCCGACACGAACCCUCAUUUCGUACUUGCAGCGAUUCUCGCGCUGGGCUGGAGGGGUAUCGAGAAGAAGCUGGAGAUAUCUAUCCCUCCACUAGGAAAGGGUGAAGAUGUCGGCGGCGAGGCCGACAAGGGUCAGCGGCUGGCAAAGAGUCUAAAGGAAGCUACCGAUCGAUUCAUGGCCAAGGACAGUGUCGCCAGAGAAGUAUUUGGCGAUGAGUUCGUCGAUCACUUCGGCGGCACCAGACAGCAUGAAAUCAGGCUGUGGGAUGAGGCUGUCACUGACUGGGAGGUGAAGAGGUAUAUCGAGACGGUCUGAUUGAUACCCACCAGCUCACGUUCAGUGGCUGCACUCACUAUAUGUUGCUUUCUACUCUGCAUAUACUACAUAACGGAUCCAGCCGAAGUGC